AUGAAGCAUGACCCAAAGGCUAGAUACAGAGGUAUCAACCUCUUUGUAAAGAACCUGGAUGAUGCCUUUGAUGAUCACAGUUUAAGGAAGGAGUUUUCUGCAUUUGUAAACAAUCAUCAGUGCCAAGGUAAUGACAGAGGGUGGCCGCAGCAAAGGCUUUGUUUCCCUCUCCUCCCCCGAAGGAGGCCACCCAGGCUGUGACAGAAAUGAAUGGCCGUAUCGUGGGUACCAAGCCGCUCUGGCCCCGGCUCAGAGCAAGGCACAGCACCAACAAUACCUGGCCAACAGGUACAAGCAGAGGAUGGUCAGUGCCAUGGCCCUGCCCAACCCCAAAUUCAACCCCUGCCAGCCUCCCAUUCCACAAGUAAAUCAUAUAUCCAACUUGGACAUGAGUCAUGAACAUUUGAUUGAGAAACAGACUAGGGCUGUUACGCUGACCGUAUUACUGCCACACCGGCGGUCACGAGUCAUGACGGCAGUCAAAUUCCACGUGACUGUUUAGUCAAGGUAACUAGGCUUCUCCAAGCUCUGAUGCUGCUGCUGGUCAUUAGUAGCCUACCAAACUUGCUAACUGCCUGGUCCUCAGCACUCUAUUGUCCCUCUAAUCACGCUGACGUCAAUGCAAAUGUAAUCAAAAAUCUAAUCAAACACUCCCACACCUAAUGCUUUAUUAUAAAGUGAAUUUUUAUUGUGAAAAUUAUCUUCCCCGAACUCAUGUGCCGCCUAUGUAUGCCAGUUAGGCUCUACACCGGUUGUAAAGUGGAUUAAUGUGCUUAAUUUUAAGAAGUUAUUUGGCCACUUUAGUUGUGAGACAAACCUUAUCAAAACAUAUGGCCUAGAUGCUAAAUGUUUGUUAAUUAACGGUCAAUUACCAUGAGACCGGCAGUUAUUUGCUUGACAAUCACCGGCUGACAAAAUUUCAUGACCGCCACAGCCCUAGCCAAGACCAAUGUUGCUGCUUACUACUUCAGCAACAAACUGGCUCAGCUGAGUCCCAGCCCUCACUGGGCGACGCAGGUGUCUGACAUAAAGCCCGCUCAGUGGAUGGCCACCCAAGCCUUGGGCAAGCGAUCACGUGCUGCCACUGCAGACGCAGCCAGAGCCAUGAGCAAGCCUCAGUAUAAUUAAAUGUGCCUUAAAGAAAUACAGUAUAUUCGUACAGCACCAUAAAGUGUACUAGCAAGCAGUAUGCUCAUCAUUCAUCUGAGUGUGAUUAUACAAUCUCUGUGCUCUUUUCAUGUCUGCACAGUUUGUUUGUUGAUGUCUAGGAAUUCCUAUAGGGGGAGCACACAGCAAGCUUCUCUUUCAUUACAAAUGUGACUGAAGCAAGCUUCGUUGUCCUUGCACAUUUUUUUUUAUAUCCCCUCUUUCAGGGACACAACAUACGCAGCUGGCGACAUCGUAACAAAACUUGA